CUUUAGUAACGCUCUCUGGUCACACUGCAGACCAACCAACAAUUGCAUUAGUUUUUAAAAAGUUAAUCUUAUGAAAUUUGAUUACUCAGACUUGUUUUGAAGUUCACAACAAGGGUCACGGGUCUAUGACCAGUCAGCCAAAGGGGUUGUCCGAAGGAAACACCAUUUAAAUCAUAAAAUUGCCAUCGGCAAUCCUGAUGCCAAACUGGCACACACGGGGAACAGCAUGCGUCGCAAUAACUAUCCCUAUCAGCCCCUGAACCAGCAGCCACCGAGCUCUGGUCCCGCCAACCACGAUUCCUUGGAGGCGGAAAAUGAACUGGCAGCCGAGGAGCUGAAACAAAAGAUCGGAGCCCUCAAAUCCCUGACCAUAGAUAUAGGAAAUGAAGUCCGUUACCAGGAUAAGUUGUUGCGCGGCAUCGACGACGAUAUGGAUAGGACGAGUGGCUUUCUGGGAAAUACAAUGACGAGGGUAGUACGACUGGCCAAGCAGGGCGGUGGAUCCCGCCAGAUGUGCUACAUGUUCCUUUUCAUCCUGCUCGUUUUCUUUAUUCUUUGGAUAACUCUCAAGUUUAAAUAGUUUCUUUUUUGUUUGCUAAAAUAUAUAUACUAAAAUAUUUUUAAUGAAGAAA